CGCCUGCGCUAGCAGUCACAAGAUGGCGGAGAGUGCGGAACUAAAGCAAAUGGUGAUGAGCCUGCGGGUGUCAGAGCUGCAGGUUCUUCUGGGCUACGCGGGCAGAAACAAACAUGGACGAAAGCACGAGCUCCUGACUAAAGCCUUACACCUCCUCAAAGCCGGCUGCAGCCCUGCCGUCCAGAUGAAGAUCAAAGAGCUCUACAGACGACGCUUCCCCACCAAACUGGUGUCCCCAGCAGAACUGGCCCUGCCUGGAGUCCACCCCGCCGCCGCCUCCUUGCCCCCCGGCCUCACACAGUUGGGAUUUGAUGGGCACGGAGCGCCCCCAUCCCCUCUGCUCCCCAUCUCUCUCCUCGGGCCCAAACACGAGCUGGGCCUGCCCCACCUCCCCACGAACCUGCACCCCGUACACCCCGAUGUCAAACUGCAACGGCUGCCCUUCUACGACGUACUGGACGAGCUCAUUAAGCCCACGAGUCUCGCUUCAGAUAACAGUCAGAGGUUUCAGGAAACAUGUUUUGCAUUUGCAUUGACGCCACAGCAAGUCCAACAAGUCAGCAGCUCAAUGGACAUAUCGGGGAACAAAUGUGACUUUACAGUGCAAGUGCAGUUACGGUUUUGUCUAUCAGAGACAAGCUGCCCUCAGGAGGACCACUUCCCCCCUAAUCUUUGCGUUAAAGUCAACGGGAAACCAUGUAAUCUCCCAGGAUAUCUGCCCCCUACCAAAAAUGGCGUGGAACCAAAGAGGCCCAGCAGACCCAUCAACAUUACCUCAUUGGUCAGACUGUCCACAACUGUCCCCAACACCAUUGUAGUGUCCUGGACCUCGGAAAUUGGACGGAGUUACUCUAUGGCGGUGUACCUGGUCAAACAACUGUCAUCUACAGUGCUAUUGCAGAGGCUACGGGCCAAAGGCAUCAGAAAUCCAGAUCACUCUAGAGCACUCAUAAAGGAAAAGUUAACGGCAGACCCUGACAGUGAAAUUGCAACCACCAGCCUAAGAGUUUCAUUACUAUGUCCGUUGGGAAAGAUGCGGCUGAUGAUUCCGUGUCGGGCAUUGACGUGUUCACACCUGCAAUGUUUUGAUGCUACGCUCUACAUCCAGAUGAAUGAAAAGAAGCCCACAUGGGUGUGUCCUGUAUGUGAUAAAAAAGCACCCUAUGAACAUCUCAUCAUUGACGGGUUGUUUAUGGAGAUUCUGAACAGCUGUUUAGAUUGUGAUGAAAUCCAGUUCAAAGAAGAUGGCAGCUGGGCCCCCAUGAGGUCAAAAAAGGAAGUGCAGGAGGUGUCGGCUUCAUACAAUGGCAUUGAUGGUGGAUGUCGUACGACAGUGUUGGAGCAGAACUCUCAAACAAACGGCAACAGCGGAGGCAACAGCAAAAAAGUAGAGGUGAUUGAUUUGACUCUCGACAGCUCAUCUGAAGAAGAGGAAGAUGAAGAGCCCCCUCAGAAGAAAAGCUGCCCCUCGCUGUCUAGCAUCUCUCCUCAGAUGGAUAAUGGGGUACUAAAUCUCCACAGACAAGCGUCUCCUGUGAGUCGAACUCCCAGCAUGCCUCAGGUGGACACCAAUUACAUUCCCCCACCUCCUCCCCUCAUUCAGGACUACCGCCACUACUACUCUACACCCACUGACCUGUCAGAUCUCAACUUUUUUCCUUUUUUACAAGGAGAGAAUCAUCAGCACUACAACAUGGUGAUGGCAGCAGCCGCGUCAGCAUCUGAAGAUCACGACCUCCUCCUGAGUCGUUUCCUCCCAUACGGCUCGUCCCAGCUCUUCCUGGACCCUCCCUCUACCCCCGUAAGCAACAACCUCCCUCCCAUUAACGUCAACGGCAGCAGCACCGGCAGCAGCCUGGUGUCCUCCAGCAGCCUGCGGGAAAGCCUCGGACAUCCACCCGCCCCACGACCCACCUCCGAAUCGGCCCCCACGUCUGCCAUCUAUGGUCCCAUCCCAGACGUCAUCUCGUUAGACUGACACAGAACCGAAACUGACUGAAGAGACUUCCAAACAUUGGGAGGAAAACAGGACAUACAGGAUGACUGAAGGGUGUUUUUGUAAACGAUGAUAAUCGUUGCCGUGUACAGAGAACAAAUAUAUUUUUUGUUUUACUUUUGUAUAUACCUAUCUAUCUAGCUAUCUAAUGUAUAUGUAAACUUGAAAGAGUUUUUUUUUCCCCUCUCUGGCUUGCUAAAAUUACUUUGGGUUUUAUCUCUUGGGAAACUGAUGCUCUUUUUCCUUCACAGCUGUGUCUCAACCUCUUUAACAUGAUACGAACGCUUUUUAUACCCUUUACCCAUCAUAUCGCGUAAUCGUCUAUACUUUGUCUGAUUCCACAGGGCACAAUGGCUGCGAUCGGACCGUCUGCUGGAUUCUUGGUUCUUUUUCUCUUCCCAGCAAAACCUGUCCACAACAUUUCCCGUAAACAUGCAGGAUAUUUUAUAUAAUGCUUUUAAAGGGAACGUUCACCCAAAAAUGAACAUUCUGUCAUCGUUUACGCACCCCUCAUAUUGUAUAUUCUUCUGCGAAACGCAAAACAAGAUAUUUUCAGUAUUUUUCCUCCGUCGUUGGGGGUCCAGUGUUGUUUUUGACCCCAUUAAAACAUUAUUUUGUGUUGCACAGAAGAAAGUCGUAAAGGUUUAGAUCAACAUGAGAGUAAAUGAUGACUAAAUCAUUCUUUUGAUGAACACUUCCUUUAUUUCAAUGGGCCGUUAAGAAGCAUUCCUUUACAUUCAGGUUAACAACUGGAAGUAAUAGCAUUGUUACAGAUUGCCAAUAUCUGACCUCAUGAUUCUUAUGUGAAAUGUAAUUCAUGACUGUUUUUAAAACAAUGUAAUUCUCUAACAGUUUUGCAUCCAUAUUUUCUUGCUCAAUGCCAAAAGAACACUGUUCAGUGUUGAAGUUUCUAGAGUGAGAGCUUGUGAGUUCAGUGAACUUAAAUGUACACUUCGAGUGGAAAGUAAGGAUUUACUCUCUUUUUUUUUUUGUGGCUACCAUGCUUGAUUGUUUAUUCUUUUUUUUUUCUCCUCUCCUUCCGUCCCUCUCCUAUUGAAUUCUUCAGAAGGAAUGAUUUGUUUGGAGGUUCUGCAGUGGCGUAGAUGGUGAGGUUAUGAUGUCUUUGGUGUCGGCGUGUAAUGUUUGCUUCAUGAAUGUCUCUGUUCGGUUGUUAUCUGUAAGGUCAUCCGUGUUUGGCACUGUACAGGAAAACUAAAGCCACUCAUCAUUUCUUCUGUUUUGUCACGUGUGCCUUGUUGUGAGUGUGUUUAGGGCAUGAAAGACUGGACCUGUUAUUAUGUACUUCAGUUAGCCUGUAUUACACUAUGUUAACCAUCAGAUAUGGAGCUCUUAUCUACAGACUUGGUGUUUAUAAGCAAAUAAUCCUAUUGAGUAACCACAUUUGGAUGUCCUUUCAGGUGAUUGGGAUUAACACAAAGCGUUUAUUGCAAAAGUAGAAGAUUGGGGGAACAAUUCUGUGUUCAAAAAGAAAAUGGAAAUUGUUUAUUUAAAAAUAUUUUUUUAUAAACUUAAAUGACACAGGCUAUCUAAGUGUGUGUGUGUGUGUGUGUGUGUGUGUGUUUGCAGAUGUGGCUUUCUCAGUGUGUUGACCAGACCUCCUUUCAAAGCUUAAUAGGAUUUGAAGCUGGGGACGUGUGAAAGAAUCUAGCUAUUGCAUUUUGUUGCUUCCUUCGACCUCUAAACCUCCUUUUAACCUACAUUUCUUAUUUUAUCAGUUGAUUUUUUUUCUUGGCUCUAGGAUUGGUUAGAAAUUGGUUAAGUGGGAUAAAUAUGAUGGAGACAAAAAUACAAUGAUGUUAUUGUAAAAUCCUUAAUACCAAAUUAAGUACUUAUUAGAUCUCUAGUGUUAAUGAUUGACUCAUCUGGACAGUUCUUGUCUUUUGAUUCGGUGUGUCUGUCUCAGGACAUUGUGUGACUGACAAGAUUUUUUACCAGGGAUACACAGGCAAUGUUCAAAGACAAACACAAUUCAAGUGUUCAUUCAUUUGUUGAUUUUUGUUUGUGAUUGAUAAAGGGAUGUGUGUGUGUGUGUGUGUGUGUGUGUGUGUGUGUGUGUGUGUGUGUGUGUGUGUGUGUGAAUGUGCGUAUGAAAGCGCGUGUGCAUGUUUUUGUUGAAGUAAGGCAAACAUUGUGCAAACUUGGAUGUUCCAGUGAUGUGCAUUUAUGUGUUAAAGUUGAAUCCUCAACUUCACAACAAACUAAUUUAUAUAUUUUAGAUGCAGAACUGUGUUAUGAAUGGACUUGGUGUCAAAGUCCAAGUUUUUUUUGUUUUUUUUUUAAUUUUCCAUUUCGGUAAGCUAACAUCUAUGCUCACUGCCUUAAAUUUCAUCCACUCUGUGUCUAUGUGGCAUGUUUUACGAAAAGAGAAAAAAAAAAAGAUUUUUAAGAUGUGGAAGACAUAUUGUACAGUAGACCAAUGUCAGUUUGUAUAAAGUACUAAGUGAAAAAAAAUAUUUAUUACAUGCAUUGAAAGAAAUUGUUUACCUAUUGAAUGUUACAUGUUUAUGUAGAGACAUUUAGAUGUAAUAAAAUGCAUUGAGUUAA